CAAUGGUGAUAAGGAUAACUCAAGGAAAUAAAUAGUAGAAAUGCAAUUGAGUGACCAUUUUAAUCAAAAUCUAAUUCAUUUCCCUCAAUUCUCCUUUCACUCUUUCACUUUUCCCCUUGUCUACAAGAUUAUGUAGUUAAUUAUUACUUAGUAGAUGUAUAAGAGUUAGAAGAUGAUAAUUUGAAAAAUAUUAUACUCUAUAUUAUGUAUUAAUGAAUGUUUUAGGAUCAUAUACUUUGAACCGUAUUAAGAAAAUGAUCGUGUUUUGUUGACUUCAUGAUAUAAUAGGUUCGUUUAGAGUAAUAAUUAAAACUUUUUCUUGUAAAUUUUAGGUAUAAUAAUGUUGGAUGUAUGGGUAUUACCCAUGGGUAUCCGAUGUUAGAGAGUGGUAUAAGAUCCACGAUUGAAUCUCUCCCAACAACUCGAGUUAUUGGGAGCAACUGGUUCUUGACAUGGUAUCAGAGCCUAGAACCAAAAGGUCAUGUGUUCGAAUCUCCACGACCCACAAUAUUAACCGUUGUCUUUCAAGCACAUGGUAUGGUGGGCCUGUGCAAACUUCAAGCCCAUGGGUUGGCUUUCGUUUUGAGGGGGCGUGUUAGAGAGUGGUAUAAGAUCCACGAUUGAAUCUCUCCCAACAACUCGAGUUAUUGGGAGCAACUGGUUCUUGACAUCCGAAACCCACGGGUAUGGGGAUGGGUUUGCAAAACAUUCCCCCGCAUGGGUAUGGGGCGGGUAUGGGUUUGGAUAUUUGAAGAUGGGGAUGGGGAUGGUUUAGACAAACCCGCCCCAAACCCGCCCCAUUGCCAUCCCUAUUCACAAUAGACAUCUCGAGACCCCACCCAAUGGGUCAAUUUUGAUCCAAAAACCGCCCAGGUGUAUCCGGUUGGGUCCUUUUAGAGAGCAACAAAGCUGAGAAUUCAGUCUUUCACCCAAAAAAAAAAAAGUUUGAGAAGAGUCGAUGGGAGUCGCAAGGGAAUGUAUUGCACGGAAAUGCAAUUAGGAUUAGGGAUUAGACGGAUGACAACUUCCGUUUCAGUUCGCAAUCGCCGCCGAACCUCCCUCCCUCUCUUCGCCGGGACUCUCCGGCCGUCGCUUGAAACUGCCCCGACAUUGAAAAUCUCCGGGGGAAAAGGUCGCAACUUUCCAUGUGGGUAUCACCGGGUAAGCUCAAUUUCUGUUCUAAUUGCGUCAAACAAGUCAUUCCGACACGAUUCUACUACUCUGCUCCCGCGCUUUCCCUACCUAGAAGCCCGACCUGGUCAAACCCGGCUUCGGCCGAUCCAACUCGUCAGCUAGCUGAUGAUGUCGUCGGUAAUUACAUGGGUCGUCAACUGCAUGAAAUCAGGAAGGAACUGGUAAAAAUGAGUGAUUAUUGUUCCAAUGCUUAUUCGAUUUCAAAAGCUUGGGAUGCAUUGGUUAAACUUCACACGGGGCUUGAAAUGUUCGACGAGGCAAUCGAUGUUCUUUGCCAAGCUAAGCAGUUGGGGAUAACACCGAGCAUUAGGGCAUGCAAUUUCCUCAUGAACCGUUUGGUUGCUUCUGGGAAGGAUGAUUGUGCGGUGGCCAUCUAUAAGGAAUUGGACUCCAUUGGUCUCGAUCCUAAUGAUUACACUUACUGCACUGCAGUGAAGGCAUUCUGUAGACAAGGUCGCUUCGGCGAUGCGCUGGAUGUUUUCCAGAUCAUGAGGAGAAGUGGGGUGACUCCGAAUGCUUUCACCUGCUCGACUUAUAUCCAAGAGCUUUGUAAAUGUAAGCUCUCUGAUUAUGGGUAUCAAGCGCUUCAAGCGUUUAUAAAAGAUGAGUGUCCCGUAGAUGGGUUUGCUUAUACGGUUUUGAUUCGAGGGUAUUGUGAUGAGUUGAGACUAGAACAGGCUGAGAAGGUCAUGGAAGAGAUGAAAAGCCGGGGCUUUGUCCCUGAUGUGUAUGCUUAUGGUGCUUUGAUUCAUGGGUUAUACAAAGGUGGGAAGUUGCACGAUGCUGUGGUUCUUCACAACGAGAUGCUGUCGAAAGGUGUGAGAACGAACUGUGUAGUUGUCAGCUAUAUUCUUCAUGGCUUAUAUCAAGCAGGCAAGGGUUCUGAGCUGCAGAGUUUUUUCGGGACAUGUAAGAAGAUGGGUGUUCACCUUGAUAAGCCUUGCUACAAUAUACUGAUCGAGGCAUUUUCCAAGUUAGGGGAAGUGGAAGAUGCUGAUAAUUUGCUGACUGAGAUGAAAGAUAACCGUAUGGCUCCUGAUCUCAUUAACUAUACAACUGUCAUUGGAGGGUAUGGCGACAAGACUCGAUUUGAAAAGGCUCGAAUGUUAAUCGAAGAAAUGAAGGAAAAUGGGAUUCACCCUGAUAUCAUCUUUUAUAAUAUACGUGCUUCGAGUUUGUCUAGAUUGGGUCUUACAGAAAGAGUGAGAGAGCUGUUCGAUGAGAUGAAGGACCAUGAUAUACAACCUAACAUUGACACAUACAGUGUCAUCUUUGAAGGGCUAUGCAUUGGAGGCAACUUAAAAGAUGCUGAAGCAGUUUUUAACGACGUGAAAGGCAAGAGCUUGUACAUCUAUGACGCCAUGAUUAAUGGUUACUGCACAGCACAAAGGUUGGAGAAGGCGUUUGAACUGUUCCUUUUUUUGUGUGGUAAAGGGUAUAUACUGGAGAAACGAUCUUGUUUGAAACUGCUUUCGAGUUUGGAAUUUGAUCACGAUAAAUGUAUUCACCUGGUCAGGAAGAUGGUAGAUCUGGGGGCGGGUUAUUCUAACUUUCUCUGUAGCAAUGCUAUAGGCAUGCUUUCUUGUGCUGGAGAAAUGGAUAAGGCUCAAUAUGUUUUUAAUCUCUUUAGCAGAGAGCUAAUACCUGAUGUGGUUAUGUACACAAAGAUGAUAGAUGGCUACUGCAAGCUCAAUCGCUUGAGAGAAGCCUGUGAUCUGUUUGUUGAUAUGAAUGAGAAAGGGGUUAAACCAGAUAUCACCACUUGGACAGUAUUGCUUGAUGCCAAAAUAUGGCCCAAGAGGGGGAGGACUAUGGAAAUCAACACCAUCAAAACUGUAAUAGACCCUUGGAAAUGUUUGAGUGAACUAAAGGGAAUGGGUUUAGAGCCUGAUGCUGUUACUUAUAAUGUUUUGAUAGACGAGCUUCAGAAGGAAAACAAUUUCCACAGUGCUGUCCAGCUUUUCCACGAGAUGAUUGGUCGAGGGCUACUACCAGACACAGUGACAUACACGUCUCUUAUACGUGGAUGCUUUAGUGUUGGAGACGUAGAAGGGGCCGAGGCUCUUCGUGACAGAAUGUUGGAUGAUGGAUUAUGGCCUGACGACGUAUUCAAGCACGAGUGGAAUCUUGGUGUUUUGAAACACAUGAAGAGAAGUAUGUACAGUGAAUAGUUUGCUUCAAGAUAGUGCCCAUGCAUGUGGCGGUACACACCAUCCGACUAAUAUGCUCGUGUUGCACGAUCGAAAGAGGUGCAUAUUGAAUUAUUCCUCAACUGAUCAACUCAUUUCUUUGCAUCUUCUGCUGUAGCAUUAAGUAGAGCAGCAAACUGAUGAUGAAGAUUAUUAAGCAAAUUGGUGCGUUGAUUAAAAGAAAAGGAAGGAAAACUUUAAGUUCAGAUGAUUGACUGUGAAUCUUUCCUUGAUGAAGAUUCUUUUCCCCACUGUUGAUGUCCCUUUGCUUGUUCUAAUGCGUCUGCAGAUCGUUUGGAUGAUCAGAGGCCCGAACCAGAUGAAUGUGCUUCCAUUGUUCCUCCUUUCAGAAUAGGAUCUCGUCACAUAUCUGACGAUGCCUCAGAAUAUGGUCUUCAGGUAAUAACUGGCUUUCAGUUCAGACUUCAGACAGAGAACAUGUUAUGCCGUCGUAGCUUUGCAACUUUGCAACUGCACAUAUACCAGUUUGUACAGGUAAGGAGAAGUUCGAGAGGUUUUAUACAAUCAUACUAUGUAUAUCGUUUAGUUGAGUAAGGCUCCUCCUUUUGUUGUUAAUUUAGCUCGAUUUCGCAUCAGUUAGACGAUCAACAU